AUGGUUUUGCCUAAAAAUAUUAUGAGUCAAAUACCUAAGGAAGAUCAAUGCGUAUGCAAGCGGGAUGCACAAGCAGACAGUAGUUCUGAUCUUAAGGUUGUUGCUCUAAUCAUUGGAUUACUUAUUACGACUUAUUGGUGGUUGUCUUGGUGA